AUGGCAGCAAAUACCGAUACAUCGCUACCUGACGAAAUACAAUGGAACUCCAUGGAACAUGUCAUGCAGUUCGGGGGCAUUCAUGACAACACCAUCCUCUACUAUUUCGCCGCCUCGCCCUUCUUCGAUCCCACAUCCAACAAUGCCGUCGUCUUCAGCCAGGCUGUGCGCAAUCAGUCGCAGCUGCACAUCAUAGCGACCAGGCAAGCCUUUGAGGCCCGCCUUCGUGAAAUGUCGGGUCUUGAAUACAUUGUUGCCCAGGAACCUGCCGAGACGGGGCCAGGCAUGGGUACUGGCGUCUGGGUCAUCCGCAAGCAGACGCGGAGGAAGGUCAAGGACUCUAACGGAUUCCCGGCACCAGACGAGAUAGAGGUUCACUCCGACUAUUUUGUUGUCGGUGAGAAUAUUUACAUGGCCCCCAGCCUGGCUAAUAUCCUCAGUUCUCGCAUUCUUACAAACGGACUUCUGCAGGCCUCUAUUGCAUCAUCCAUUACCAAGACAUUCCCUAUUGCCGAUUCAAUAAAAAAGUGGUCACCAGCCCUGGGUCACGGUUACAAAACCCCAACGACAAAUCCUCGGCCACGGGGGACCGGUCUCGAAUCUAAGGAGGCCACACCGAUGCCAGAGAGCCAGACCACUAGUGGGCUGGCCGCUUCGAAGAGCGUAGACAGUUCGGCACCAGACGAGAGGCUGGCUGAGGAGUCGUUUGCGAUUCACACCCAUUACGGGACUGAAUACAUGGACGAGAACCCCAUCACGGGGAAGCCGGGUGAUUUCCAUUUCUCAUCAACAGGUCGGAAGGAAAGGCUCGGUAUACCUGGCCAGCAGCAAGGGAAAGCCAUUGGGAAUGGGCCCGGUACCCCUCUACCUAUGCUGAAGACACUGCCAGACAACAGUCCCCUCAGUAAAGACGCCAAGAGCGAUAAGACGGGCAAAACGGGUGGUCCGCCCAAGCCCAAACGUCGUAAAAGCAAAGGAGGACCCAAUACACCGUCGUAA